GCGAGCGACUGCCAUCGCUAGUUUGGGCUCCCACAAAAUUGCUUUUCGCACCAAAAACCGCCCCAAAUUGUGUACAAUUUCCACAGAACUGGGAUUAGUGGGACGGAUCCCCUCGAGAAAUUGCCAUGUUGAGACCCCAGCCAUCGAUGCCCUUGCCACAGCCGCCGGGAAAGCGAAAGAAGCCCGCGGAAUUGCAAUUAACCUGCGAAUGGCGCGGUUGCCAGGAGAUUUGCACGGGCGAAUGGAACCUCAAUAGUCACAUAGCCGAGCAUCUGGAGCAGUAUGCCCGGGAGCAGGAUAGUCGGGAGGAUGGCGACCACAAGGAGCACCAGUGCACAUGGAGCACCUGCGACUUCAUCACUUCCAAUCUAGUGGAAUUCGAACGGCACUCGUAUUACCACGGCUACUACCUGCACCUCCUGCUGCAGGGCAAACUGGAGUGCGAUCUGCAUCCGGAAAUCCCCACCUGCACUGCUCCACCGCGCCUGAUGGACAAGCUGCCUGUCCUUGGCCAGAAUUUCCGCUGUGGAUGGACGGAUUGCGAACGGGAGUUCGUUUCCAUCGUCGAGUUCCAAGAUCACAUUGUCAAGCACGCCCUCUUCGAGUACGACAUCCAAAAGACGCCGGAGGACGAGCGGCCCAAGACCAUGUGCAACUGGACCAUGUGCCACAAGCACAUGGGCAACAAGUAUCGCCUCAUCGAGCACAUAAGCACCCACUCGAACAAGAAGCAGGUGGCCUGCUUCCACUGCGGGGAACUGUUCCGCACCAAGACCACCCUCUUCGAUCACCUGAGACGCCAGCCCGAGAACAACACGAACAGCUUUCAGUGCGCGCAGUGCUUCAAGUUCUUUGCCACCAAGAAGCUGCUGAAGAGCCACGUGGUGCGGCAUGUGAACUGCUACAAGUGCACCAUGUGCGACAUGACCUGCAGCUCGGCCAGCUCGCUGACCACCCACAUCCGUUACCGCCACCUCAAGGACAAGCCACUAAAGUGCAGCGAAUGCGACACGCGCUGCGUCCGGGAAUCGGACCUGGCCAAGCACGUCCAGAUCGUCCACUCGAAGACGGUGCACCAGUGCGAGCAUCCCGACUGCCACUACUCCGUGCGCACCUACACGCAGAUGCGAAGGCAUUUCCUAGAGGUUCACGGCAAUAAUCCCAUCCUCUACGCCUGCCACUGCUGCGAGCGCUUCUUCAAAAGCGGCAAAUCCCUGUCCGCUCACCUGAUCAAAAAGCACGGCUUCCGGCUGCCAUCGGGACACAAAAGAUUCACCUACCGGGUGGACGAGAACGGAUUCUAUCGCCUGGAGACGACGCGUAUCGAAAGCUUGGAGGUUACGCAGCAGAUACUGUCGCCGCAGGUGAAUGUCUCGCUGGAGAUCGAUCUGAAACCGGGCACGGGAACCUGUUACGAGAUCGUGGAUCCCACAAACACCGAAUUCGAGCGCAUCAUCGUCUCGAAUGAUCCGCACGAAGCGCAGCUGAUGGGCGAAGUGAUCAUCUCGCUGCCUAGCUUAACGGAGGAGCUGUGAGGAAUGGAGGUGAACGGAACCAACGGCAGCUAGCAGCCAAUACUUCUGAUCUCGUGUGCCCACUUACGAUUAAGCACUAGCAGUAAGACUUAAGUAGAAAGUAGAAAAAUGCGGCGACAUGUCAUAACGCCCUUGGGCAUAAUGUCCAUGACAAGAUCAAUCAUAGUAUCUAAGGUCAAGGGGUAACACCACUUUAAGAAAUACGGAAACUUGAUCACCCCAAUGUAUUAAACUUUAGGUUCAUAAUUGCAUCUAUUAGUUACCGACUUUUUAUAGAAAGUUAGUUUUAUAUUUUGUUUUUAGUCAUUUUGUUAUGCUUUGUUCGUCUGAUUUACAAAUUACCUACAAAUUUUACAUUUCAAGCUGUUUGUUUUAAGGUUAAUGAUAGUACUUUUUUUUUUUAAAUUUCUGAAAAAAUGCAGUUUGUUUUCAAAGCCUUAGAUUGGUGUUUCCCCUUAACUCAAAACUUCCAUGGACCUUAUUCACAAUAUCUAUUAGGUCAUAAGGCCCUAAAUCCUUAUCGACCAGAACAUUGUAGUUGUGUUCUAUAACAUUUAAAGGCAAUGCAAUUUACAUACGAAUGUAAACGCCAUAAACAUUUCCGAUGUUUAAGGAUGCUACAAUCAAGCCUUACGUGGGUUAGUAAAAAUAUUUACAAAUUAAAAUUAAAAAACGACUUAUAUCAAAGGUGGGCGCUAUGUCGUCACUGCGAAAUGCAUUGAUUCUGUACAAUCAUAUCCCAAAACCAUUGUUUUAGAUUCUAUGUGCGUGCCUGCGCCUGUGUGUGAAAUGUUUGUGAGUGGUUUUCAUUAUCCAUCCUGGGAUCGAGAUCCAUUUGUCAUUUAGUCCUAAGCGAUUUGACAGUUUCCAGUAGCAACUUUAUUGUUUAAGAUGUGUAGCAAAUAAAAAACAAAUCAAACCCUAAA